AUGUUUCGUCUGUUCUUCUUGAUGACUUUGACCAUUUUCUUGGCCGCUUCCUUGGGAACUUCGCAGAACAAUUCUUCAAAUCAGGUAACUUUACAGCGAACCAAAUUUUAAAGCAUUCAACUUUUCCCAGAUUAUUCCCGAGAAUCUUUCAGGGGCACCCAGCGACUGUUUUCUGUAAAAUAUCUGUUCGGAGAAGUAAAUAUUGCCUAUAAUUUGCUUUUGCUUGAGGAUCGCUAAAACUUUCUAGAUGAACGUUCCAUUCAUGUACAGUUUUCGGAGCUUAUCUAAUAUAAAUUCCCUACGAUUUUCUGAAGUUCAAUUUCCCAGGUCAUUCUAUUUUUCUUAGAAAAAGGCUCAAAUUUUCGGAUUCUAAAAUGUAAUGGAGAGAGGAAUUAGAAAAAUUUUCACUUUCGUCAAACGUUAAAUUGCACCUCAAAUAUUCGGAAAAAUCAUACUGAAGCCCUUGUAAUUUCGAAAAGACUCAAGUUCCCCUACGAUGACCGAACAGAUAAAAAUUUUGUAGCACCACUUAGAAUAGAUUUCUAGAGACCUAAAAGUAUUCUGGAUAGCCUAAAAAGUGUUUUCAUCGUAUUUUGGAGGAAACCCUCGUUUGAUGCCCCUGAUCUUUGUUGGCAAGGGAACUAUUCAGAUGCGGUUUUAUUCUUAGCUUUCGAGACUCAGCGACACUGUUUUUAUGCGCUUUUAGGUUCUUUUAGAUUCAUAAUCCGUUCAAUAUCUUGGUUGCAAACCAGAAACUCAGUUACCAGAGAUACAAAUUUAAUUUAUCAUCGAUUUUACAGGAUACAGCAUUCAGGGCUUUAGAUACUGCUCAUGGGCUAGGCUAUCUUCAGUUUUCAUGAGAUUAUUAAAGGAAAGAAAAGAAAAUAGUUGCACUCUAUGCACGAAAACCCAAGGGUUUGAAAAAAGGGGGGUAAAAUUAAAGUGUUCGAUUGGUAAGGGGAAGAUAGCUAGGUUUGGUUUGAAUUAUUAUAUCGGGAAGUCUGAACAACCAGGGUUCGAGAAAUUCGCGUGAACAACGCGCAAAAUAACACCCGCGGGUACACCCGCGUGUGCGAACGCAUCGCUCUGUCGUUGCCAGUCUCCCCUCAAUGAGACAGGGAAGCCUGCUGAACAUUUGCCAACCAGGUAAAAUGCUCAGGAUUUUAAAAGUUAUGUUUUACAAGUUGACUCAAAUCUACCUUGUUCGACUCCUAAAAUAAUCCUCGGGAAGCAGAGCGUCAAUCAGAGAAGCUUUCAAGAAGAUUGAUUGUUAGAAUUGGUUGUUACUCUUUACAAUAAACCUGAGGUCUAAGGUGAGCUCAGGUGAGUUUUUACUGUUUGACGACUGUUUUGGGCUUUUUGGUCCUUUUUGAACCAGGAACAUUUUCCUUCAUGGACCCAUUCAGCUUUUAAUUUAAGCUCUUACGAUAACAAAAAUGCAAAAUCAGCAAGGAUAGGUCUUUCCACAAGUACCUCAUUUAGUAAAUUUUGACCAAUCCAGACAGAGUUACACGUACGCUAAAACUACAGGACCUGAACAAUCGUUGAAAUCGAUAAUCGAUGGCAAUCGAUAACAAUCGAUGACAAUCGUUAUCAAUUAAUCGAUUGAUAUUGAUAAUCGAUGGACAAUCGAUCAUGAAAAUUUUUGUGAUUAUAAAAAUAAAUUGAUUAUCAUCGAUUAUUAAUAUCAAUCGAUAAUCGAUUAACAUAAUAGAUCGUUAUCAAUAUGCAAUAUCAAUCAAUUACCUAUAUUUAAAAUAAAGGCGAAUGUCUCUUGCGAUGAUUCCUGGGAACGAGAAUCACUUCUGCACUGCUUUGUCACUGUUUGCUGUGCUUGUCACCUUUGACGCCCACCUGGAAUAACUUUUUGCUACUCCGUAAAUCACUCUUGGGAAUUCCACACAGAACAUCGAGGUGGACGUGGGCGUCUGCACAGACGUAAAGAAAGAAGAAGAAAAAGAAAUAACAAUAUUGAAGCUUAAUCGUGUUUGAAUGACGACUGCGUCCCAGAUCAGUUGAAUCUUUGCAGUGAAUUCGAAGUUAAAUUGAUCAAGUUUGUACUACUGUCAACGAGAUAUGUUAAUUGUCUUCAUUAUUUCUGCUGUUUUUCAAGGAGCCACAUCGAUGAACAAUUCUCAAACUUUGCUACUGAUGUUUAAAAAUAAUAUACAAUCGCGUACACUCCUGCGAUACCCGAAGAUACUAAGACAUGAAUUUAGUGCCAAUCGAUAGCAAUCGAUGAAAUUCGUGACCACGUAAGUGUGAUUAUCCAUUGAUCAUCGAUUGGCCGAUGCCAAUCGAUGCUAAUCAACAGUAAUUAAUCGAUUGUCAUCAAUUGAUCGAUUGAUUUUCUGAUAAUCAAUUUUUAUCGAUUGUUCAGGUCCUGAAACUAACAAACAAUUAACAUUUGGAAAUUUUUGCUAUUUGCCUGCUACUCUUUGCCCUUUUCCUGAAAAGGUAGCCAGCCAAAACUCCACACAAAGGAAAGACAAUGAAAUGGGUAACAAAAUGGGCUGUAAAAAAGGACAACAAAAGGAAAAAAAAGAAUGCGAGGAAAGAAUAUUGAAAACAGAUUCCCCCCCCCUCCCAAAAAAAAGACAAACUUUGUCUCGAAAUGCUCAAAACAAAAAGCUGCUUAAUUACAUCCAAUUGGCAGAAAAAUAUGCUUUGGGUGAUAAAAAUCUCUUUUUUAGCCAUUCCCAUGUUAACCAGCCAAAAACUGCUUCAAAAAGGAGGAUCUGGUCAAAAAUGCUGUCUUUUUGUUACUAAAAUAGUCAUAUUAAAGAGUUAAAAAACUGGUUUUAAAGCUUAAAAACCUAUUGUCAUUUGCUUGUAAGAUAAUUUAGUACUUGUAGCUAAGUAUGUUAAGUGAGUUUAAAAUUCUGGUUUGACCUCAAAGGGAUAUAUAUCUUUUUUCUAUCGAUAACACUGAUCGAUUUGACCUUAAAGAACACAGGAGCAACCAAGCCCCUCCCUUAGAGAAGAAAACCCUUUUGAGACUAGUAAGAGAUAAUGGACUGUUUACCCAAAAUUCUGCAAUGUCAUGACCACAAAAACAAAAGCAAAAUUUGUUUCAGUAACAUACCUUAAAUUAAACCUUUGGAGCGAAAAUUGUGUCAAUUCACGCGAAAACGUACACUAACGGCUUUCCGUUAAACGGGUGAAACGCACGGCUGUCGAACGGGUAAGAAACGGCCCACGAAACCGUUUGAAACGGAUGAAACCGAACGGCUGAACGGCUGAUAAUUUAUUCCGAACGGAUUGGUAUGACGGCUGAACGGCUAGCGAAAAAUUUCGAACGGAUGUUCCUGAACGGCUGAACGGCUGAACGGCUCGUCAAAAACUUCGAACGGAUGGUAAUCACGGCUGAACGGCUAAAAAAAAUUUCGAACGGUAGACCUGAACGGCUGAACGGCACGAGUAAAAUUUCGGUCAUUUGCCGCAGAGUUACAUUUGGACAAGUUGCAGAAAUUCUACAAUAAUUUUAUUAUGGCUGUUUCCAAUUGAACGGGUCAUGAACGGGUGAGUUUUUUUCGCCGCGCAGAAUAUAAACAAACUUGUUCUAGACAAACAACAAAAAAGGAGCGCUUAAACGCUUUGAUGCUUUUAAAUAAAAACUUGCUCUGGCCAUCACAAAUGGAAAACGUGAAUAGAAAUAAUGUUAAAAAGCUCAAAUCACGAUGAAUAAAUCGGCAGCGGUAAGUAUUUUUGAAUAUCGAAUUAUGAAUGAAAGUAAAGCUUGCAUCACAGCAGACCGUUUUGAAACUAAUUAAUUGCGUAGCGUCACGUCGCCAGAGAAAACUUCGAGAUGUCACGCUUGUCGUGAUUCUCACCCGUGCAACAAACCGUCGCUUCAUAGAACUAUGCCAUAGUUGUACACUGUUCUUUGCAAAAAAAUCUAAGGCCUUUUAAAAAAUGACGAGAGUUUUGGUUCACGAAAAAUAAAUCAUCAGAUAGUUGACUGAGUAGAUGUUGGUCACGUGCUAGGCAACGAGUUUUUGCAAGUGACUCAAAUUUCAUUCGCGAUCAGAAAGAUCAGAAAGUGUUACUGGUAAAACCCUUUUCUCUUCGGUUGGUAGACUGUUUCCCGUGAUUCUGGCAGCGGGUCAUUAAACGAGUUAAAUCGCCACUUCCACCAAUAGUUUCUUAGUAGUUUACCUGGGAUCAGAGGAACACGUUUUCGACUCAACAAUUGCGGUGAAACAGUUGUUUACAGAAGACAGUAUUAAUUUUUGUCGCUCUGUCAGACUUUUUUCGGUCGGUUCUGAAUUUCACGCUUGGUUCGAGAUAAAUGUUACGUUACGGCAAGAAAGCAACGAAGCACGGCUAGAACAAGAUUUCGCAAACUACCAUUUCGUGUCUUCGUUUCGCAAACGACCGGCCACAAGGCACUGCAUAAGGCCAUCUGAACAGCGUAAAAUUAAUAAUGAUCCAAUGCGUUUGAAUGAACGGUUCCAACUGAUUGAAGAUUUGAACGUAUGGAUAAUUUUUCUGAACGGAUGACCAAGUCGUUCGAACGGAUUCAAAUUUUUCUGAACGGGUGCCACAGCCGUUUGAACGGAUAGACAAUUUUUCUGAACGGAUGGCACAAGCCGUUCGAACGGAUGGAUGAUUUUUGUGAACGGAUGACCAAACCGCUCGAACGGAUGCAAAUUUUUCCGAACGGGUACACUAGCCACUCGAACGGUUGGGCAAUUUUUGUGAACGGAUGACACAGCCGUUCGAACGGCUUGACUUCCUUUUUAAACGGAUCGCCCAAGCCGUUCGAACGGAUGCAAAUUUUUUCUGAACGGAUGAGAAACGGCUUGUGAACGGAUUUCCGUUCGAAAACGGGAAGCCGUUAGUGUACGUUUUCGCGUGAGAGGUCACUGCUGUUAGCAGUUACUGCUUUGGCUAAAUUUCCCCUCCCAACAAACAACAGUAAAAGGUGUAGUGGUAAAGAAAAUCCUACAUUUUCCUUAAGCUGCAGAGCGUUUGGUCUGCAGCUGUGUAGGUGUUAAAUUAAUAAAUGUAGUGUAACUCAGACGCUAACCCUGAUCGUAACAAAUCAAAUCAAAGGAUUUUUUUGGAUUUGACAUUUUCGAUUUUAGGAUUUUCUAGGUAGGAAAAUUUUAGCAAGUAUUUUUUUGGUAGCUUGAUUUAAGUAGGUUUUUUCUGUGGUACAGUAUUCAAAACAAUUGAAGAUUCAUGAUAGUUGUAUCAUUUAAUGCAUUCUGGAAAUUUUUGAUGGCUUGGAAAUUCGACAUUGGAUUUUUUGUGGGUUAAAUUUUGGUCCAGGGAUUUUUCUGGGUUUUGAUUUUUGCCCCUAAUCGAUCAUCCCUGUCACUUGAAAUCUGGAGUACCCCCCCCCUCCCCCCCGGGACCAUAACACCAUCAUCUGCAACUACCUGCAAACUAAACCCAUCACCUAAGCCAUGUAUACUUAACAUAUAUCAAUCUUGUUACUCUGACUUGCAGGUUACGUUUCUCUAAAUUCACACUGAAGACAGGCCUUUAGGAAAAACUUACCGAUAUCCAGCCUCACCCUUUUAAUUUCCUGUUUUUUUUAACCACUUUCAUUUCCUUUUUCUUAUCUUUCCAAAUUCAGUUUCCAUUGCAACUCAGUUUAUGCUAUAGUCGAGAGUGUCUUCAUUUAUCUAGAGUUUGCAGUCUUUCUUUAAGUCAUGAAAGUAUGUUAAAUUUCCCAAUCUAACAGGCUAAUGGAUCUGUAGCAAAGUCUAAAAGCUGUAGAGUCGUACCUCAAGCUGGUUGCUGUAAGGAUGGUGAGUUUACAAGUUAUUUUAAAAAUUGAUUUUCAACAAAAUGAUCAUCGACGGAUAUGGAAAAAAUAAAUCUUCUAAGUACAGCUGUAUGUUUAGAUUAAAAUUUGCAACUUAGAAAUCAAAGGCAUUUAAGGCCAGUAAAGUACAUUUAAGUAUUGCAUUAGUGGGAUCAGUUCAGGUUAUACGCAUAACAACUUGCUAGUUCUGCUGUAUCGAGAUUGUGUGGAUGGUAAUUUGGUUCAGUUGUAAGUUUCAUUAAUUAAUCGCUGUAUUUUAUUUUAAUAAUUUAAGGCAAAGAUGGAAAGGAUGGUCAACAUGGUGAGUCACAUUAAAAUGCAACAAUUUUCAUUCAUUACCAUUUACAUUAACACAACAUUUAUAUUACAGUCCGACUUCUAUUAAGCGGCCACCCCCCAUUAACAGGCCACUUUUCAAAGUCCGGAUUUAUUUGUUACAAAACUGCUGUAUUUGAUACCUCUAUUCAACGGCCACCUCUAUUAAGUGGCCGCAGCCACCUUUUUGCUGUCGCAAGUGUAUUAUUUAUAUGGCUUUUUACCUCCAAGCGGCCCGCCAGCAUAUCUUUCCAAGCGAAAUGGUGACAGAGGAUAUAUAAAGGUGAUAACUGAUAACAACAAGAAAACAAGAACUGCAAUUUAAUCUCCACUAUAACAAGUCACAAGCUGCGUACACGUGCAAACUUUUUACAUCCGGCGCUAUACAAACAUAACAAUAGCUAACAAUAGAUAGAGCUGACCCACUGUUUUGUUACAACCGAAAUGCACUUGACGUUUUGUUGCAAUGAAUUUUGGAUUUAUCUUUAUAUAUGUUCACUUUUUAAAAGCAUUUUACUAUAUAGAGUCAAUAAAAUCAUGUUUACUGCCAUUCCUAUCCAAUUUAUAUUGUACCUCUAUUAAGCAGCCAUUACCUCUGUUAAGGGGGUGGCCACUUGAUAGAGGUCGGACUGUAUUUAGAAAUAAUUAGUCACUUGUAUAAUCAAGUGUUGUUUUUGGUAAUUUGUAGGAAAAGAUGGGCGCGAUGGAGUGAAUGGUGAUGUACAUUAUUAUUUUAUUAAAUAUUACUAGUAAUAAUGCAGAGAGUGGGCAACAACAAUUGAAUGUCAAAACGAUUUCGCUCUGAUCCAGUGCUGUGCUUUGUGUGCUGGUCAAAAUAUACGUGAUUACGAGUCAUAUAAGGUCCAAAUGCACGUGCUCAAAGUGUGUUCUGUGCAUUCCAUACAUUCUUUGUGGAAGUCCUAAUGAAUGUCUACAGUCAGUUAUAUAUGAUGUGUUAAAGAACAAUUCAUCCGAUUUGUUUGUCAGGUGUGAGAAAUUGUCCUUGUCUCUGAGUGAAAUCAAGGUCUAUAAAUAAGUCCCCAGGCAUGAAACUCAUGCGUGUUAGAGUUAGCAGGCAUACUGUAAUAAUUAUUCUCAAAAUAAAUCUUAACCAAGUGUUUCCUCCUUUUCAUCCCCCCUGUUGUAGCUUGUUGUCAGUGUUCUACGCAGGCUUGUAAUACCGUAAAAUAAGGCCCGGGGCUUAUAUUUUUCAAAGGCCCUUUUUGAGGGGCUUAUUUUUGGAAGGGCUUAUCUAUGAAAUUUGCAUUUCAAAAUCGAUUGGGCUAUCCUUAUAGCUGGGAAUAAAUCUACCAUUUUUGCUUUGUUUUACUAUUAAUUUUAUUUGAGGGCAAUUUUCCAAGUGCAAGCCCCCGUGGGGCUUAUAUUUGGAGGGGUGAUUUAAUGGAGAGUUUUUUGUGUUACCGGUUUGGGGGGCCUAUACUUCGAAGGGCUUAUUUUCGGUAUUUUACGGUAUUACUAAUCCAAGGCUGUGCUCCAAGAAAAAUUGUAAGGAGUCCAGUGCUCUGAACCUGUGCAAAACAGGGAGCCAAGCAUCAGAUUUGUAUGGGAAAGCUAAGAUUUCCUAGUUGCUCAAGAUCAAAAGUAAGGUUUUAGGGGACACUGACGGCGCUGCUAGCCUGCGAGCAAGCUCUCCUAUUUGGGCUAGUGAAACGAGUCUCACGAGAACUCACUUGCCCAAAUAGGAGAGCUUGCUCGCAGGCUAGGGCACUGCUGGAGCACCAGCAGUGGAACCUCGAUAUAAUGAAGGGCCAAGGGACUGGCAAUUAUAUAACACGCUAUAAUGAGGUUUCGUUUCAUUGAAUUUUUUUUCAUAUAUUUUACUAUUACUGGGGUAAAGAAAAUAUUUUGUUAUACCAUUUGGACUUUGUUAUAUUGAGGUUCAUUAUAUCGAGGUUCCACUGUAUUACUUUAAUUUGUUUAUUGUCUUGAACACAGGAAAAGAUGGCCGUGAUGGACGAGAUGGCAGUGGAAUAAAGGUUGGCGUUUUUAAGCUUCAAACGUUGUUUUCUCCUUUUGCUUGAAAAGUUCAGAAAUUCAAAUUAAAUGACCCAUGGAGCUGUAUGUCUCCAAUAAAAUGGUCUCUGUACUGUGAAUAUAACAAGUUGCCAAAAAAGAGGUUUUUUUUGGACAUUUGGGCUUGUCUCUUUCCAGAGAAAGAAGAAUAAGAUAUAAAAUUAUUUUCAAAAAAUUGAUAAUUUAGUUAAAUGUUCUUGCGUAGCAACCAACUUUUAGGGUCACUGUAACCAGAUAAUUUGCAAAGGUGAAAUAUGACUAAAAAAUAAUAUUUAUGGACUUAUUAUAGAAUGGAACACAACUCUAAAAUAGUUGGCCAACUUUUUAAAGUUGUGUCACUGUGUAUUGGACUAAUAAAAAUUGCUACAUAAAACUAUUUGAUUUGCUUUUUUCCUCACUGAUUCAGUUGUAAAACUUGCUUUUGGCACAAUUAAGAUGAAAAGCGCCUGCUCAUGUUUUUAAAACAGAAUCCAAAAAUGGGAAUAAAUUGUAUUGCGUACACUGUACCUCAGUUAAUUAUUUUAUAAUAAUAUUUAAUGUAAUUUCUCACUUUCAUUUUUUAUGAAAUGAUACCCAUCUUGUUCACAGUUAAUCUUGGCAAUAUGCUGGCUCCUAAUAUGGGAAGUUAUGGGUGUUUCAAAGGUGAUUUGGUUAAGAUUCAUGUAGUGUAACCUUCCUUUGAUACCCUAUUCUAUUGUUAUACCUCUAGUGUUAACGCAAUGACUAAGCGGCUGUACAUGUGUAUAUAGAUAAACUCAGACCAAAUGUUAAAUUUAAAUGGUUGGGCUGAAGCUGUUUUGAUUACUUUUAUUUAACAAAAAUGGUGAAAAAAGGUGCACUAUGUGUUGAUUCUUGAUUUUUUUUGUUAUGAUAAGUAAAUAAACUCAUUUUAGUGGUAGUACUUGUAUGUCCAUUAAGCUAAUAUAAAUAAAUAAAAUUAGUAGUUAUUUUUUCAGGGAUAGUUUUCACAAAUUUGGUUUCACUUUUAUUUGUAAAUAUCUAUGUUAGGGAGAAAAAGGAGAAACAGGGAUACCAGGAAAAGAUGGAAAUGCCGGCGUUAGGGUAUUAUUGACAUGUUACUGCUUUUUACAUAGUGGUUUUGAGUUUCUGGAUCCAUAUACUUCCAUAAAGGGUCAUUGAAUAUAAAUUUAAGUUGAACGAUGCAAAAUCAUCCAAACCAUAACCAUGCAGACCAGUUAACUUUAUUUUGAUCUCCACCACAGUAAAGACAAGCAAACUGGCUAUUCUCUUUGCAUUUGUAUUAAAAAUAAUAAUAAUGAUGAUGAUGAUAAUAGUAAUAAUAAUAAUAAAAUAAUAAUAAUGAUUUUUAUAGGGGGAGCCCAACUUCCCAUGGCAGUUUUAAGUGGGUCCCUCAUUACUAAAGUAAUUAAUUGAUAAAAAGUAAAAACUUGCUCAAAAAUGAAAAAAAGAGUGAAGAUCAUAAAAUUCACAGUAAAAAGUACGACUUUUUCCUAGAGUAAGAAGUUCCCAUAACAUUGUUCCUUAUUUUGACUUUAAGGUUGCUGAGGACAGUUUCUCUAGAAAUGCUUUAUGCAUUUACUAUGCAUGUUAACAUUUUAAUGAUGAGGAGAUACGCAGCCAAUUAGCUUUUAAAGAAAAAAGUGUGAGGACAAGUUGAGAAGAAUCCUUAGAAGUUUCUACGUCUACUUCAAUACUUCUAGACGCUUUCACAUCUAAGAGAUUAAUAAUGCAGAAAAAUAAAAAAUAAUAAAAAUCAAAUAACAGAAAUAAGAAAAAAGAUUAAUUUAAAAAACGUUGCAUAGAUGAUUACAAAAGUUUGGAUACCUUUCUGCUCUUAUUAUCAAAGGGAUAAGAUUCCAUUCCCUUAUAGUUGUCAGUUAUUGUCUAGGGAAAUUUAUUCUGUUUCUGUCGACUUUGAUUUGUUGACUUUCAAAGGUAACGUAAACAAACGACAAUAGUUUUACCUUAAAAUUUGACGACAUUUAGCAGAAAUCCUCGUCAUGCUGUACUGCAGUCAAUGAAAGCCUCAAAUAAACAACGAACAAAGGAAUUUUGUGACUUUAAAGCUAUUUUGAAUUCUAAAACAAUUUCAAAAACUGUUUGUUGCAAUUUGGUUAAGGUGCUUUAAAAUAUGAGGGUUACUAACUGUAAGGUGUAUGCAAAUUCACAAGAAAAUCAAACAGCUGAAUUUUGAGUAAACCAAACAAAUUCAAAAUUUUAGGCUUCUUUUUAUCUUAAUGAAUGUAAUGUCUUACACACCCCAAUAAAUGGUAAUGAUCAUAACUACCUAUCAAACCGUCUUUAUCGACAUUUUACUCGUAAAAUAGAGUUAACCAAUUAGAGCAUACUUCAGCCAUUGUUUUUGAUUAUGAUUAAUUUUUAUUUUGCCCUGGGUGGCAAAUAUGUUGCUAUCGUACAUAAAAGGGCAUUGCGUGACUCAGCUCUGGUUCAAGAGCUCCUUGUUUAUCUUAGAUUACAUCAAUAACUGACCUUCAGUUGUUUGUACAAGGUUUUGUGGUAACAAGUUAUCAUUGUUAGUAGCUGUAAUCAAUACUAUGUUAUGCUUAUAUCCAUCAAUGCUAGCUGAGUGCUCCUUUGUUUGGUUCACUUUGCGUGCACGCGUUGUAUUUUCCAAUAGUAGUUUACUACGCAUUAGUUUCUUAUUUUUCGCUGCCACACCCUCCCUCGAUUCAAUAAAGCUGGACUACUGGCUUGGGUGCACACCUGCUACUUUUACCUCCAGGUGGCAGGCCGGGUGGGGCCCCCACCCCAUCUUAGUUUAUUCACUCCUGGGUGGGGAUGCGCUCCAUCCAUUACCGUGCUGGGUGAGUUGCUGCCACCCUCACUGCAUUGCUCAUUGCUAGGGUGUGUUGCUGCCACCCUCAUUCCAUUUUGUAUAUUACUAGGGUGUGUCGCUGCCAACCUUAUUGCUCUACUCAGUUUAGGGUGUGUCGCUGCCACCCUCAUUGCAUGCACUUUAUGGGGUGUGUUGCUUCCACCCUUGUUUUAACCCCAGGGUGCACCCAACAACCUUUAGUCCCAUUUACUGCCAAAGACUGUGUAUUUUUAUCUUGGACUACACAGUUAAGCGAUUAAGUUGUUAAGUAACCUUAAAAUCUGCAGGCUCGGCCUUUAAAUUAGUCUAUCCCGGCCUGUUUUCUGCUGUCUUUUAAAAUUAAUUUCAUCUGAUGAUUAGUUUCAUUUUUUUUUUGUAUUUUUCACUAUCUUUAAUUCUUAUCUGUUAUCUUCAUCAUCAUCAUUGUCACUAUUUUGUUACAGUUUAAUAGCUUUAUUAACUUAUUAUUAUUAUUAGUAGUAGUAGUAGUAGUAGUAGUAUUAUUAGGGACGGACCAUUAGAAAAGUUAUGGGGGGGAAUAUUUGAGCCGCAGGAAUUUUUUUCAUUAUCAAAUUCCUUGUAUGAAUUUUUUUUAGACCGUAGCAUGAAUAUUUUUUAGGGUUAAUUGGCGGGCAUGAAUUUUUUUCUUUUAAUUUUCCCUUGCGCGACUAUUUUUUUUGUCCUUUGCCCCCCCCCCCCCCCCCCCCCCCUCUUAUUUUUCCUGUUUCCUUUUUUUCCCAUCUCUUUGUUUUUUUUUUUUUUUUUUUUUUUUUGGUGGGGUGGGCAGUAGUAAAAGGUCAUAAAAAAGCAAAAACUGUGUGGGAGGUAGAAGUAGGAGAAGGACGUUUAUUUUAUAUUUAUAGUUUUUGAGUAGAAUAAUGUUCCGUCCCUUAUCAUCAUCAUCUUGUGUGGUUCUUAUUAUUAUUUCUGUUGUAGGGGGAGAAAGGAGAACCAGGAGUAGAUAAAAACAGUAAUGGUGGUGUUAAAGUGAGAACGGAUGUUUUAUGAGUCAAAUGAGUCAAUGAGUCAUGAGUCAAUGAGUCAAUGAGUCAGAUCUGAAAAAAUAAAAGUUUCAGUAGAAACAAUAAAAUUAAGCAUUACUUUAAUUUACUUAAUUUUUCUACUUGCUUCAUUGCUGCCUGCACAUGCAAGGCCUAUUUCUGACAUGAGAUUCCAUGUCAGAAAUAGGCCUUGUGCAGGCAGCAAUGAAGGAAGUAGACAAAAAUUAAGUCAAAGUAAUGCUUAAUUUAAUUGUUUCUACCAAAACGUUUAUUUUUUCAGAUCUGACUCAUUGACUCAUGACUUAUGACUCAUUGACUCAUUUGACUCAUUAAUACUUUACACUCUGUUAAAGUAAGCGUAACUUUAUACUUCUUUUUGAAGACAGAAAUGACCAAUUUUCAGAGUCCAAAACAAAAAGGAAAGCGAAUGCUUUAUCCUCACAGCAACAAAGGACUCAUUAAAUUUUCUUUAGUGGUCCUGACCUACGAAUGAAGAAUCAUUAAUAUUACCUUUAAUUUCUCCACAAAGGGUGAGAAAGGAUCUCGUGGUGACAAAGGGUCACAAGGAGAGAAGGGAUCACAAGGACAAAAAGGAAUUUCGGGAACGUGUGAUACAAAGGUAAUUGUCAUAAAACAUUUUCCAGAUUUUCAAUCUCUGUAACCUUUAGUAUAUAUAUAUAUAAUUCUUUUUACGAAAGCCUUAUUAAUUUUAUUACCAUAGACUUCAUACACGUGUUGCAUGCUCGAUCUCUUCUUUUUCCUGUUAUGUUGAAAGGAAGGAGGGUGCGUGAGUCAGCGGCAAGGCCAUGACAAGUGACAAUCGAGAUUUUUACUGGUACAAGUCAACUCACAUGUCCCACAAGUUUAAGGAAAGCGGAACAAAAUAAUGCUCGCAGUCUUUGUCAUUAGAUUUAUAUCUCAAUGUUAUCUUGAAAGCGGGAGCCUUUUUACAUCUUGAUGUUCGAUCAAUGGAGAUUGUCGUCAGAAAAAGUUGACUGUACGGGUGUUAAACCCUAUAUUUUGCAUAAAUAACUACAUUAGGAGAUUGUAUUAAAGCUUUGUUAUUAAAUUGUAUUUUGUUGUUUUUAUUUUGUCUUUUAGAGCAAAUCGAAGUGCUGUUUAGCCGGUAUGAGUAUUAUUUAUUACUGUUGUCUACGACGUACUUGUACAUUGAUUCAUUGGAAAGAAGAGCCGCCGAAUUUUAAUUUUAUGAAUACGUGGCUCCUUCACAUGUACAUUAAAAUUGCAAAAACAACACAUGAGUUACAUGUACCUUUCUAACUUAAUUAUCGAUUUAUUCUAGUUGUUUUUUCUCUUGAUUUCUUAAUAACAAAGAUUUUCAUUUUUUUUUUCUUGUGGAAGAUUGCUCUAUUGGAUUCCACUUUCUUGAGAAAGUUCAAGAACUAUCAACCCAAGGAGCAGUAGAUGUUGAACAUUUCACCAUUGAUGGAAGCUUGUUUCUUGCUUCUGCCAAUCAUCAUGGGGACAUUAAAAAUUACAAGACAAGUUCCACAAUCUACAAGAUGGACAAAUCAACUGGAAGAUUGUCUUUGUACCAGACCCUGCAGACAAGAGGAGCUUAUGACCUGGAGUACUUUUCUAUUGCUAACAAACAUUUCCUUGCUGUGGCUAAUCGUUACGAUGGAACAUACCGGCUGGACUCUACAGUCUAUCAAUGGAAUGGAAAGCUGUUUGUCGACUUUCAGAAAUUAUCAACAAACGGAGCAAGCCAGUUCACCUAUUUCAAGGUAAAUGGGGAUAGUUAUCUCGCAGUAACAAACUACCAUGACGGAAGUACCCAUUCUACAAAGUCAGUUAUCUACAAAUGGAGCGGCGGUAAGUUUAACAGAUUUCAAGACAUAUCAACUGAAGGUGCCUUGGGAUGUACGGCGUUUGUGAUAAACGGUGACACAUUCAUCUCUUUUGCAAACCAUUACAACUCCCAACACAAGUAUUCUGCUCAGUCCACUGUGUUCAAGUGGUCAGGAGGUCACUUUGUUAAACUACAGUCUCUUCAGACUUACGGAGCGCGCGAUGUCAAGGCUUUUAACAUCAACGGUCACACGUUUCUCGCUUUUGCCAACUACUACUCUGGAAGUAAGUACAACAUCGAUUCUUUCAUUUACAAGUGGACUGGUAAGAAGUUCGUCCUGUUCCAGUCCAUUCCUACCCGAGGAGCCAUCGCAUGGUGUCCAUUUGUGAUCAGCGGUCAAACCUACCUUGGUGUGGCUAAUCACCAUGGUGAUAGUCUGAAGUACCAAACUCCGUCAGUUGUGUACCAGGCCUCUGGAGCGCAGUUCAUCAAGUACCAAGAGAUUCCAACCCACGGGGCUUUUGGUAUGACGUCAUUUGAGUACAAAGGUCAUACUUACCUUGCAGUGGCAAACUUCUACAAUGGCCAGAAGUACAACAUAAACAGCGCCCUGUACAAGUGGGUAUAGAGCAGGAGGUCAUAAGGUCAGGUCCAACCAAAGAAGAUAUUUUGUGUAGCGAAGAACUAAAACGUUCCAAUUGCUAAUCUUAGUAAUAACGGGAACUUUUAGCAUAAUACUGUCUAUCCGUUAAAAAGGGGUUUUUAUAGGAUGGGACUGAUACAAUAACGUCAGUUUUUUGGUUGAUAUAGUAAAAUGUUAAAAAACAAAAUGUGCUUUAUUAUCGCGGCGAUUAGUUGUAAUAAAGAUGUGCUUGGAACACUAAGAAGUUGUGUACUUUUUUUGAACGAAAAUCCUACAAAAAAUGAAUCUGUGGCAUAGCUUGUAUUUCUGUCUACUCUCAACGUAAUGUAUUAUAAUGAGCACAGGUUGAGCAAUCAGCAAACUGAAAGGAAAGUUAAAGAAUGUAUAGGCUUUGAACGGUGAUUCCUUAUGCAAGUAACGCGAGUUUUUAUUGGCCCAUCGAUGAACGUAGCAAUGUCGACUAAAGCAUUUAGUAAUGGCGUUAUUUUAAUAACCGUCGUUUUACACAUUACCAAUUAGAUACAAGACUAAGUAUUCGAGCGCUCAGAUUUUCGAAACCAGCUCAGCUUUUUUGGAAUAUAGGCGUUUUGAGAUUAGACGAGCCGUUGUCUGCUCACUAUCUACCUAUAAAGAACCAAAACUGCCAGGAACGUCGUUUACAGGUCGAGCACUUUACGCCUUCUAUUACAGAUGCAAAAUAUCGGCUUCGGAAGCACGGGUGUUUGCGGAAAGUAAAUUUUCGAUAUUUUGGGUUAAAAAGUCGUGGCAUUUUUGCCAGUUUCAUUUGAAUCCCUCCUCCCCCUCUUUUUCUUUAUUCCUGUCCCAUUUUUUGGUCCUGGGAAUUUACUGGGCCUCAUUUGUGUGGGAAACUUGUUGGGGAACUCAAGACUUACGGGAUUAGAAGGAAGAAUUGCAGGUGGUUAGUGGAGGAUUUUCAUCACCAUUUUCGGCUCAACGUUACAUAUUUUUUGUCUUUUUAUCCGGCCUCCUUGCCUUAAUAAUCGUUCUUGCAUUUCAUUUUAUUUUUAUUUUAUUAUUUUGCCACACAGAAUAAAUGUUAAGUAAAAUAAAAAAGAUAAUAAAUAGGAUAAAAAUGACCCUUAAAAAUGUUUUGAUCACACGCUUGAAUAUAUUAAAAGCUGGGUCGUUUUUGAUGUUGUUCGGUAAUGAAUUUCAUAUUCUAGGACCUUGAAACAGGAUCGAAAUUUUUUUAAUAUUUGUUCUACAGGUUUGAGGUCGGUAAAAGUCAGAGUAUCUGGUUGAAUAUUGAUGAAUCUGAUUUCCAGUAUGAAAGAUUUCAGUUACAGAAAUAGGUAAAGCGUCGUGAUGUAGGUACAUGAAAGAACUUACUUGGACAGAGUAGAUACUAAGACAUCAAGAAUUUUCAAAUUUGCAAAAAGAGGGCAACUUGAAGCCUUGGUAUGGUUUCAAAGAUUUCUUGCUCCUACAAAUGUUAGCUGACAAAGUUGUCUUUGAGCGCUAAAAUUGAUGACGUCGCUAACGGUACGAGGGCGUGGAUCCGCGCGUCGUCACUACACAGUACGACAUCGACCUUGCGGAUCCUUGCAGUAUGCAGAACGCGUGUCAAAUAUGGACCUAGUAUAUGGCCUCGCUCUCCAUGAGUUCUCCGCAGCUCAAGUGGAUAGAGCGCCCCCCCACCCCGGAGUUUGGGUGGUCAUAGAUUCAAAUCCCGUCGGGGACUCAGAUUUUUUCUUUGUCCCACGCUCAUUUUCACAUUUGUUUCACCGAGCGUAGAAUUUACCAUCUGUCAUUCUUUCAAUGUUGGGAGUUGUUGGUAAACAACGUUGCGUCCGUGUGGACGGGGUUUAAGUGAGAACUUGUCUGUGACUACUUUUACCUACAAAGUGAGUGCGCCAUAGGGUAAUAUUUUCACUUGUUUUUUGUUGUUUUUUGCCUGCGCGCUAAACUGGUAUCCUCUUUGCACCCCAGGGCAUUACAGACAAUCGGCUGGAAGUCUCGGGGGAGUCUUCUUGCCUAUUUAAGCCAGUUACCCGUUUUUUCCUUCUUUUUUGCCAAGUAAGACCGCGUGCAAAAGGACACAACUUUCCUGGCCAACAACUCAUGCAACUCCCAACAUUGUUAGAUGAUACAUCUUGCGUCCGUUUGUACACCUUGUUGCAUGUUGUUGCGCGUGCGCAAAGUUUGAAACCGGUCAAACUUUUGAGCCAACAUCUCCCAACAUUUCUUUUGUUUCGUGAUCGUCCAAGCGUAGCGCAACAAUUUUGGAUCCGUUUGCGCAGCUUUUCCAGCAUUGUUGAAGCCACGCACUCGCAUUACACAUUGUCUCCAAAGUCUUUUAGGUCAUACCCUUCCCAAGAUGCACCGCAGGUCCCAACAUUGCUUGGAGUUGUUGCAUCUAUUUUUCAUAGCGGUCAAACGAGUGAAAUUUGCAAAAGUUAAGCGAAAUACUUCAAAGUUAAGGUUGCUACUUUCACUAUCGAAAGUUUAGGGUAUUACCAACAUCCUGUUAGUUUACGAAACUUUUUAAAAGUUUACUAAAAAAGUUCUAAGUGAUUGAAAACCGAUGCUGACGUUAUUAUCGGCGCGAUUUUCAAACAUGAUUCUCUUUUAGCGCGAAGCGUUUUCAGCGAAAAAAGCUCAAGAUUUUGAGAAAAAUGGAAAGAUAGCUAUGUUGACUAACUGAUUUAUACAUCUUUGCCCAUUUUUUUCUAACUGGUAAAUGAAAUCCCAGCAAUAAAAAACAAAAAUAACGAUUUAGACGUUUGACCGCGGUGGUCAUCUGUUUGCACACCACUGCCAACACGGGCGCAGCAACUCCCAACAUGCCCUCCCACCUCCCGUUCGGCCUCACAUAUCCCUCUCUCCGUUCUCUUUCUUGCGACCCUCUGCCUUUGCAAAAUCUCGUUUCCCANACGAGUGAAAUUUGCAAAAGUUAAGCGAAAUACUUCAAAGUUAAGGUUGCUACUUUCACUAUCGAAAGUUUAGGGUAUUACCAACAUCCUGUUAGUUUACGAAACUUUUUAAAAGUUUACUAAAAAAGUUCUAAGUGAUUGAAAACCGAUGCUGACGUUAUUAUCGGCGCGAUUUUCAAACAUGAUUCUCUUUUAGCGCGAAGCGUUUUCAGCGAAAAAAGCUCAAGAUUUUGAGAAAAAUGGAAAGAUAGCUAUGUUGACUAACUGAUUUAUACAUCUUUGCCCAUUUUUUUCUAACUGGUAAAUGAAAUCCCAGCAAUAAAAAACAAAAAUAACGAUUUAGACGUUUGACCGCGGUGGUCAUCUGUUUGCACACCACUGCCAACACGGGCGCAGCAACUCCCAACAUGCCCUCCCACCUCCCGUUCGGCCUCACAUAUCCCUCUCUCCGUUCUCUUUCUUGCGACCCUCUGCCUUUGCAAAAUCUCGUUUCCCAUAACUUUUUUUCGCAAUGGCAGUAAGUGGUUGUUCGGAUGGUGGAAAUGGUGUACGAUAAUGAUCCAGCAUGAUUCAAAAUUAUCAUGAUACCGAAAUAUCAGUUUGUUCUUCUGUUAACGGCAUACAGUGUAGACGCCAUAACAGGAAACAAUGAGAAACUGUAUGUAAAGUAAGGAGGACGUUCACAUGGCAACGAGCGAAUUUACUUCCGGUCAAAAACUUCGUGAGUUUAGGAUUCUUUUUACCCCCCGCACUUCUCAUUUCAGCCUAGCCGUGUACUAAAUCAAAUUCCGAGUUUUAUUCAUUCAAGUCCAAAGAACAGAUUAUCGAAUUUCCAACAAGUUUCUGAAAGCAGAUCGAGGUGGACAAAGCAUGAGUUCCAAUUUGAAUAGAAUUUCAUGGAUUGCAUAUACAGUUCAUUUGUUUAGGAGCUGCAAAUUGCCGAAAACUAGACUGAAAUAAUCAUUUUCAAUAGAGGCACUUUAGUUUGCCAUUUAUUUUUUUAUUUUCAAGUCAGUCCGAGUUCGACACAGACUCCGCGACUGAGUUCGAGACUUUCGCUUGUUUGUUCAUAAAUGCAAAAUACUUUCAAUAGUAUAUACAAACUUCCUGCAUGAGUGCCUUUUAAAAAUAUGAUUGAAAAAUAGUAAAUGCGAGGCCAACCAUUUGCUCAAGGAUAAUAUUUGAUAAAUAAUAAGAAGACAUUUAAAGGGGAUUAAGGACAGAGAUUUUAACCCACAAUAACAUAGCAGGCGAACCAGGUUUUUGAGGUUGUUCAGAGUAAAGUUUUAAUUUUGAACCCUGGCGUGAAUGGAAGAUCUGUUUAACAAUGAAUUUAGUUCGUCCGCAAAACAGAAUGAACAAAGGAUGGUAUCGCGUUUAUUCAUGUCCUAAUUAUGCUAACAUUGUUUCAAAAAUCUUGUCCCUUUAUACAUUUGACACUUUCUUCAGUUUACGUCUGAGCCUCUGAACCUCUGAAAAAUAGUAGAAAAUGUUUCGAUUGAUCUUCCUGCUGGCUUUGACCAUUUUCUUGGUCGGUUCGUUCGGAACGUCAGAAAGGAAAUCUUCUAAAAAUGUAAGCGGAGGGUACUUUAUUUUCGAAAAUCUGGCCGGUACUCUUGUCGCCGUAUAUUCCCUUUACCGUAUUUUCUGUAGUCUGGAACUGAAAGUUGUCUAAUUUUUUGCAACGUUGCCUUAAAUCUUCUUUCUUUUAUUCAAUUAUUAUAAUCAAACAGGCGAACAAAUCUGCCGGAAGCCAAAACAACUGUAAAACUGUUCCACUGCUUGGAUGCGGAAGAGACGGUGAGUUCUCCAGGAAUCGUUACUGACUCAAAUGUAAUGUUCAGUAGCCACUUCGUAGUCUUCUUAGAGCCAGAAAAGAUUGAAAAAAUGGAAUGAAUGGUGAUCUAUUACAUUUAUCGACGUGCCAAUUCCUUCAGGCCGAACACUAAUCCGCAUUUUUAAUGCAAAGUAAAAACUGCAAAAGAGAAGUUACAAUCAAAGACAUCGCACUAUUGUUUGGGUUUAGAUAUCUAAAAGUUGCCCGUAGAUUCAUGUUUAAGAUAACACUGAAGGAAAAAAUAUACUGCAGUGUUCAAUUUUCGUGGAGUGCAAAACUGACUUGGGAAGAAAUUAAACUACUAUUGAACAGCGAGUUACAAAUUCCACAAUAGUAAUAAAAAUAUGAAAAUUUGUUUUUUGCAGAAGUACAUACAAUUAUUUGGUUUCUUGUGGUGUCAUAACUGAAAACUCUAAAGAAUAUUCUGUAGUUUUUGUUGAAUGAUCUGGUCAUAAAAGCCUCAUUUUAUACGCAGGAUAGCUUAAGUGCUAAAAACAGUGAUGCAAAUAAAUAUAAACAUCAAAACCAAGUGAUACCAAACGACCCAAAUUGUCAUGUGUGGAUUAAUGCCUUUCCUACGUUUAAAUGCAUUCUUGAGGAAGAGAUGGCCGCGACGGACAUGAUGGAACUGUUGGAGCAAAGGCGAGCUAACGUUCUCUGUACUGAAUUACACACCUAGAUCAUAUUAUCACUGUGUUAUGACAAGAUUAUUUCUCAAUCUAACUUUUAAAUCUUAAGAAGAGAUCCUACAGUGUGUUAGCAAUUCAAAUCUCUGAUGAAACCUCUUUCAUUUGGCAAACGUUUUAUAAGAUAGUAUUUAUUUCUUUAGAUUUCGCAAAGAUACAUUUGAAUUUUUUCGUAAUUUAAUCUUGGCCACUAUCAGGCUACCAUUAGGAAUGGAGUUGUUAAGCAAAACACGGCCGAGACAGCCAGCAUAAAAACGUCUGUGUAAAAGUGCACUUUCGUACUUGUAGCUUGUUUCAACUCGCGUAAUCAUUUAAACGUGGGAAUCUGAAAAGGGACAUCAAGACUGAUAAAAUUCUUCAUAAUGUAUUUUCCCCUAUAUAAAACGUUGCAUUGGAUAAUUUCACGUUGAGUUGUGUUCGACGAAAAAUUAAUUGUGAUUCACGUGUUCAAGAUAUACAGUCGACUCCCGAUAACUCGAACCUUCAAGGGAUUUCGAAAAAAAGUUCUAGUUAUCGGGAGCUCGAAGAAAAUAGCCGAGAGUAAGGUACAAAACAAUUUUUAAUAGGAAAUCCAAAAUUCAAUGUUGGAACUAAUGUUUCGGACGCUAGUACACGGCUUUUUUCCCGACUUAUUAAGGGCUCAAAACAUGGUUCGAGUUAUCGAGGGUAAAAUUAUAUAGAAAAUGACCUGAGGGGAAACGAAAAUUGGUUCGAGUUAGCGGGAGUUCGAGUUAUUGAGGAUUCGAGUUAACAAGGGUAAAAUUACAGUAAAUGUAUGACGGAAAUCCAGGGGAAAUCGAUUUUAGUUCGAGUCAGCGCGAGGUUCGAGUUAGCGAGGGUUCGAGUUAUCGGGAGUCGACUGUACAUCCAUUCCAUUCCAUUUAAUAGUAGAGCAUUUGCCCGGAAAAGGAGAACAAAAUUCGUAAUCGCCUGUUUACGUCAUCGAUUUAUCACAACGUUACGUGUCUCCCUAGAAAAGGAAUCAUAUGACACUAAAUGGUUUGACUAUAAUGAAGUUGUGCAUAUUCAACACCACCGCCUCAUUGGAAAUUAAAAGGAUUAAAAAGAAGAACUGAACAUAAACACACAACUCAGUUAACUUUGUAGCGAUGGGGAAUAUAAAGCAAAAAAUAGGAAAAAAAUUUCAGAGACAUGUCAGUCUGCUAUAACAAAAGUGACAUGCAAAAAGUUAGUAACUUUGAAGCACUUUCUAAAAUGACAAAAAAAGAUCAAGGUGUCGUUCUUGCACUGAGCUCCUCAAUUGACCAAAGAAAUAACCUAGAAAUAUUAGGUUAGAGCUCUCGGAAGCUAGCGGCACAAGCCAAACAAUUUUACUCGAGUGCACCUCCCAUCCUUCCCUUUAACUUGUGUAAAAAGAAUCAUAUCUAAUCCAUGUCGCUUAAUAUCAGUUUGGCACUAAACCUCUCAGAAAAAAGUCGGAAAUCCCUGCCGCUUGGUUAUUUUGGUCGGGUCUCUGGGAAAUAAUGACAGUUCGACAUUUCCCUCAAAAAAACUUGACCAAACAGAAUCAAAAACGUUGUUUGCUGAUCCGAUCCUUGGUUGUUUUGUUAUUCUUAUCGAAUUUUAACUUAGAGCUUAACCAAGAAUGUCUUGAGUCUCAUUUGAAGCAGUAAUUAGCCAAAUAUCGUGAUUUUUUUAUGUCUUUUAUAUCAAUUACUUACCUCUAUAUACAUGUAUAUACAUAUAUAUAGCUGUACAGCUAAUUCGACGAUUAAUUCAGCAUUUUUUAUUUUAUCAGCCUUACAAAUUUUAUCAGCCUUACAAAUCGUUUCAUUUCACUUGCUUAACCUCCAAAGCUAUUUUUUGGCCCUAAUGACUGUUUCCCUUGUCUCGAUUCGCAUUCCUCUACCAGCAGCUUCUGCCCGUUAUUUGCGCUCUGUGUUUUUCGAACUAGAAGAGGUUUAUUCACCCUCAAUACUUGUAGCUAGAAUCUUAUUAGUGAUUUUCCUAAACCGCAAUAUUUAUUUUGCCGUUUUAUCCCUAGAUUUGAGAUUGAUGUUUUCUUUUCCAGGAGAAAAAGGAGAGGCAGGGAUACCAGGACAAAAUGGAAACGCUGGUGAUAAGGUAUUAGUUUAGAAAUGUACUGCUUUUUAAAAACUUUUAAGUUUCUUCUAAAAAGUUAAUAUAAGCUCGGUAAAAUUUUGCAUAAAUGAUUGCGCAGUCUAUUAUCGCGGGAAAUCCAACAAAAAGAAGUAUUGCGCGUAUGAACGAAGGAUAACGAAGUGAUGUUUUCACAUUAGCAAAGAAUUCAAAGAUAUUUUCUGCCUAAGGCUGCUGCUAAAUUAUGCUUGGCUUUCAAAGUUACUUACUUCCAUUUCUGAAAUAUUUUUGACUUGGCCUAUUCGGAAGUGAAUUUUAUACUGGAAGUCGUGUUUGUGAGUUCAGAGCUGACUUAGGGUAUUAAGUCUUGCUGAAUUAGUUCCUGUUUGGGUUCGUUAACCAAAGUUGUUAGUUUUUCAUUGGGUCGCAGCUUCUUGCCAAUCGCAGCCGUUUAGGCCCAGAGAUAGCAAAACAUUACCCACACUGAGUUUGCCAGCCUUCUUUUAUUCUCACUGUCAGCAAACCCAAACAUCACCAGGUUUGGCUAUAAAAGGCUCCACUAUUUGGAUUGUUAGCUAGUAGGAGUAGGAGUAGGGGUUAUUAGUGAUUAGUAGGAACCAGCUGUUAGCUGUAGAAGCUAAAGAAGAAUAAAGAAGUGGAAAGAUGUAAAAGGAGAUUUCGGGUACCUUCUCGCUUAUUUUAGCUGUUUUUUUUUCUUGUGAUUUCUUAAUAACAAAGAUUUUAAUCAUUUUUUUCUUGUGGAAGAUUGCUCUAUUGGAUUCCAUUUCUUUGAGAAAGUUCAAGAUCUUCCAACCCGAGGAGCAGUAGAUGUGGAACAUUUCACCGUUUAUGGAAGCUUGUUUCUUGCUUUUGCCAACUAUCUUGGGGACAUUAAAAAGUACAAGACAGGUUCCAUGAUCUACAAGAUGGACAAAUCAACUGGAAGACUAUCUCUGUACCAGACCCUGCAAACAAGAGGAGCUUUUAACCUCGAGUACUUCUCUAUCGCUAGCAAACAUUUUCUUGCUGUCGCUAAUCGUAAAGAUGGGACUCACCGGCUGGACUCUACAAUCUAUCAAUGGAAUGGAAAGUUGUUUGUUCACUUCCUGAAAUUAUCAACCAACGGAGCAAACCACUUCACCUAUUUCAAGAUACUUGGGGAAAGUUAUCUCGCAGUAGCCAACAUCCUUAGUACCUCAGUUAUCUACAAAUGGAGCAGCGGCAAGUUUAACAGAUUUCAAGACAUACCAACUGAAGGUGCCUUCGGAUGUACAGCGUUUGUGAUAAACGGUGACACAUUCAUCGCUUUUGCAAAUAAUUACAAUUCCCAACACAAGCAUUCUGUUCAGUCCACUGUGUUCAAGUGGUCAAGAGGUCAUUUCGUCAAACUGCAGUCUCUUCAGACUUAUGGAGCUUUCUAUGUCUUGUCCUUUAACAUUAACACUCACACGUUCCUCGCCUUUGCCAACCGCUACUCUGGAAGUAAAAGCAACAUCGACUCCUUCGUUUUCAAGUGGAAUAGCAACAAGUUCGUCAUGUUCCAGUCCUUAUCUACUCAUGGGGCUGUCGCUUGGCACCCAUUU